CUCCGGCUCGGGCAGUGGGCGGAGUCUGAGAUGGGCUAUGUGCGCAUGAAUGGAGCAACCCAAGAAGGCAAAGAGACUGUCAAACAGCCCGUUACCGGAGAUGGAGAGGCUGCGGGAGCUGCGGGUGGGCUUCAUCGGUGCGGGGCGCAUGGCCAGCGCUGUGGCCCAGGGGAUACUGCUGGCAGGAAAAGUCCAGGCAGUGAACAUCUUUGCCAGUGCCCCAUCCAACAGGAAUCUGGACAAGUUUCAGAACUUUGACUGCAAGACUACACACUGCAACCUGGAGGUGCUGGAGAACUGUACCUUCGUGUUCCUGGCUACCAAGCCCCACGUGCUGCCUAUAGUUCUACGAGAGAUUGCUUCUGCUGUCACCAAAAAGCAUGUGGUCAUAUCUAUGGCCGCUGGAGUCACACUCCAGGUCCUAGAAGAGCUGCUUCCUGUUGGGACAAAGGUGCUGCGGAUCAUGCCUAACCUUCCCUGUGUGGUCCAGUCGGGUGCUAUUGUUUUGGCUCGGGGUGCCUGUGCUGAGGAAGAAGAUGUGGCCCUGCUGAAGACGCUGCUGUCUCCUUGUGGGCUGUGCGAAGAGGGUCCCGAGUCCUACAUCGACAUCCACACGGGGCUAAGUGGCAGUGGCGUCGCCUACGUCUACAUGUUUGCUGAAGCGCUGGCAGAAGGCGCUGUGAAGAUGGGGAUGCCUGGGGCCAUGGCCAAUAAGAUUGCAGCUCAGACACUCUUGGGAGCAGCAAGAAUGAUCCUGGAAACAGGGGAGCACCCAGCAGUUCUGAAGAGUGCUGUUUGCACCCCAGGGGGCACAACCAUCCAUGCCCUGCAUGAACUGGAGAAGGGCUGUCUUCGAGCUACUGUCAUGAAUGCAGUGGAGGCAGCCACCAGCCACGCUCGUGUAUUGGGCAAGAGUUAGUGGGGUGGCCUUGGGUAACAAGCCUUGGAAGUGAAAGGAUUUAUCCUUUUCCCACCAAGGACGAUGGAGGCCCUCAAAUAUUAUCCAUGGGACUAAGACGGAGAACUCUCAGUUCCUCCUGAAGAAAAGAUAGGGAAGACUCCAAGGGCAGGCGCCCUGGCACUUUCAGUCCUAUGAGCUUGUAAGAUUCAUUCUCGGCUGUUUCAUUGGAGGAUUGGCAUGUAAUAAAUUUCACAGGAUGUUGCUAA